AUGGCGCUUGCUCUACCUGAAAUACUAAAUAAGAUUCUAAAUGUCUUAGCUAAAGAUAACACACUAUAUCCCACUUUUCUCGUCUCUAAACUUGAUAUUGGUUGGGCGGAGAAAUCACUCUGUGAAAUUGCGCACGGCUCAUGUAAUAAGUUAAAACACCUAGGAAUUAGUGGAUAUCAGAAUCUUAUCACUGAUAGUAUUAUACAUAAUAUCGCAGAAUCCUACCUUAUCCUCCAAUCCUUAGAUAUUAGUGAUUGUAAUAGACUUACUGAUACUGCUAUUUAUACCAUCACAGGUUUAUAUCCAAAUCUAAGAAGUUUAAAACUUAAGCACUGUGAUGGAAUAAGUGAUACUGCCAUCAGGAAAAUCGCACAACAUCAUUAUUUGGAAUAUCUAAAACUAUGCACUGUAAAAGAAAUUUCCAAUUCAUCAAUUUCUAAAAUUGCAACGUGUUCUAGUAUUGUAUAUCUUUAUCUUGGACAUGCUGAGUUCGUUUUCAAUACAACACUUAAAGCUGUUGCAGAACAUUUAAAUAGUGUAGAAUAUCUUGGCCUGAAAAAUUGUUAUAGAGUUAGUCAAAAAAUAGUGAACAAGAUAUUUCCUGAUCUCAAAAUAGGAGGGUAUUAUACACUUCCUAUUUAA